AUGCAAAACUAUCCGACGGAACCUAUCAAAACGUUAAUUGAUUCUGGCGCCACAUCUAAUUUCAUCUCCCCCACCAUUGUUGAAAAAUUUAAAAUCCCAAAAACCCUGCUCGAAAAUCCACGAGUAGUGAGAAUGUUAGAUGGUACCCUUUCCCAGACUGGUCGCAUUUGGCACCAGGUUAAUCUCGCGGUUUUGGCCAAUGGCCACAUCCACACUAUUCCCUUCCUUGUCUGUCCCAUUGGGAACACACCUGCCAUACUUGGCAUGACAUGGCUCACUCAGGAGUCACCCUUGAUCAAUUGGUCCCUAGGCACGGUUACCUUCCCAGAACAAGUUCAGAUUGCAUCCAAAGAAGAGGCAGAUCCUAAUCCCUUAGCCGAUCUCCCGGAGCAGUACCAUGAAUUUGCUAAGGUCUUUGGCAAAGAAGAAUUUAAGGUCCUCCCUCCACAUAGGGAGUAUGAUAUAGCUAUAGACCUUGUUCCGGAUGCCAAACUAUCCCCAGGCCCCCUAUAUGGCAUGACUGAUGCGGAAUCAAAGGCGCUCAAGCAACACAUUGACGAAGAACUAGCAACGGGCAAGAUCCGCCCCAGUACUUCUUCUACCGGCGCCCCAGUCAUGUUUGUAAAGAAGGCAGAUGGAUCCCUUAGACUGGUCGUGGACUACCAAAAACUCAAUGAUGUCACUCAUAAGAACGUGUACCCACUCCCAAGACAGGAUGAUCUGAUGGCAAAGUUAAGACAUGCCAAGAUAUUCACAAAACUGGACCUACGAUGGGGCUACAACAACGUAAGGAUCAAAGAAGGGGAUGAAUGGAAGACGGCUUUCAGGACUAAAUACGGGCUGUUUGAGUAUCUAGUAAUGCCUUUUGGCCUCACCAACGCCCCGGCCGCCUUCCAGCAUUUCAUGAACGACCUGUUCAGGGACCUCAUUGACGUAACGGUGGUCAUUUACUUGGACAACAUCCUCAUCUUCUCAGAAAAUCCAGAAGAACACCCGGCCCAUGUCAAAGAAGUACUGUCCCGAUUAAUGAAGAACCAGCUGUUCUGCAAACUGUCGAAGUGUUUUUUCCACGUCACCACAGUCAAUUACCUGGGCAUCGUUAUCUCCCCUGCCGGAUUCUCCAUGGAUCAGAAGAAGAUCGAGGCAGUUACAUCGUGGCCUCAGCCCAAGACAGUCAAGCAGGUACAGGCAUUCUUAGGGUUCGUGAAUUACCUCCGCCGCUUUAUCCCCAACUUCAGUUCCGUGGCACGCCCCCUCCACAACCUCACACAAAAGGAAACCCCCUGGUCAUGGGGUAACCUAGAAGAAGUGGCAUUCCGGGAACUGAAAGCCCUUGUCACCCGGUCACCGGUCUUAAUCCAUUCCAAUCCCAAACUCCCAUACUACCUAGAAACAGAUGCAUCAGGAGUAGCCAUGGGAGCAAUUCUUAGCCAGAGAGGAGAAGAUAACCGUUUACACCCAGUAGCCUACAUGUCUAAAUCCUUCUCCGGUGCCGAGGCCAAUUAUGACACCCAUGAUAAGGAGCUCCUAGCCAUAAUCAAGGCAUUAGAAGAAUGGCGGAUCUUCCUAGAGGCAACGGACAGACCAAUCCAGGUGUUUACAGAUCAUAGAAACCUGGAAUAUUGGAUGCAGGCAAGGACUUUUAACCGACGGCAUGCUAGAUGGCGCAUAUUCCUGAGCGACUUCAAUUUUGAAAUACAUUAUCGCCCAGGGAAACAGUCAGGAAAACCCGACGCCCUUUCCAGAAGGUCGGACUACGUAGACUCCCCAGUAGAACCAGAAGUCAUGCUACCGUCAGAAGUUUUUGCCAAUACCUCAGAAGCAGAACUUGAGAUCGUCACGGAAAUCCUGAGCAAGUUAAAGGAGGACCCUUCCCUGGAACCCAUCAUCCAGUUCCUAACAGAAGACGCAGAUAACGCACCCCCCUCUAUUCGGAAGGCCUAUCGGGAUUAUGACUGGGAGGAGGACCUCCUAUGGUAUUGCGGGAAACUGGUUGUCCCAGACUCGGAAGCCCUGAAGGAACGUUUACUCAAAGAAUUCCACGACUCACCCCUGGCAGGGCACCCUGGACAGCAAAGAACUCUGGAACUCCUGAGCCGCAACUACUGGUGGCCAGGAAUGAAGUCAUCCGCCAAGGAAUGGGUAGAAUGCUGUCCCACCUGUCAGGCUAACCGUCGAGCCCACGCCCCGGUCAUUGCCCUUAAACCUCUGGAAGUUCCCCCCUACCCUUUCCACACCAUCUCCUAUGACUUCAUCACAGGUUUUCCAAAAUCUAAUGGUCACGACGCGAUCUUGGUAGUUAUCGACUCCUUUUCCAAAUUUGGACAUUUCAUCCCAACCACCAAGAAGGUUACGUCCAAGGGUCUAGCGGAAUUGUUCAUCUCUCAUGUGUGGAAACUACAUGGACUACCAGUCAAGACAAUAUCAGACAGAGGAACUACGUUCACAGGGAAGUUCCUAAGGGCACUCUACCAACGCCUUGGUGUAAAACCAUCCUUCUCAUCAGCCUACCACCCGGAGUCAGAUGGUCAAACAGAGAGGGUGAACCAGUUCAUUGAGUUCUACCUGAGGUCAUACGUUGCGGCAGAUCACUCGGACUGGGCUUCCUGGUUGCCACUAGCGGAAUACGCAUAUAACAACGCUAAACACUCCGCCACCGGGAAAACCCCAUUUGAAUUGGUAUACGGGAGGAACCCAGUAAUGAAUCCGUCCAACGUCCCUGCGAACGUACCAGAAGCCGAUCACGUGGCUAAUACCUUGGCACAAGAAUGGAAAGAAGCGGAAUCUGCCCUGAGAAUGACAAAGGAAAAAAUGGCAGGAACCAAGGGAGUGAUCCCGGAAUAUUCCAUUGGAGAAAAAGUCUGGCUAGACGCCAAGAACGUGGAGAUACGUUCCAACUCCAACAAAUUGGACCCCAAGCGCCUGGGACCCUUCAAGGUCACCGAGAAAAUCUCCAGCCACGCGUACCGCCUGGAACUCCCUGAGACCAUGAAAAUCCAUGACGUAUUCUACGUAGGAUUACUGUCCAAAGUCCACGAAUCCCCAAGCCAACCACUCCCAGAACAACCCCUUCCUGAAACAAUAGAAGGGGAAGAAGAGUAUGAAGUUGAACAAAUCAUUGACUCUAAACAACAAAAAGGGAAAUGGUUUUAUUUGAUAAAAUGGAAAGGUUACGGUCCGGAAGACAAUUCAUGGGAACCGGAAGAACUACUGGAACACAGUCAGGAAGAGAUCAAACGCUUCAACCAAGCUAGACUCAGAAAGGCUCGUGACGCCGCCAAGAGCCUUUAA